UCAGCGUGUUUCAAAAAUUAAAGAAAGCUAAACACUGCCAACAUGGUUGAAUGGUCAGAUACUGAGCGGAGCACGAUCAAAAGCGUCUGGGAAAAAAUUAAUAUCGCUGAAAUCGGACCCCAGGCUUUGGCAAGAGUUCUGAUUGUGUACCCCUGGACUCAGCGGUACUUCGGGGCCUUCGGUGAUCUGUCCAGCCCCACCGCCAUCGUGGGCAACCCCAAAGUGGCUGCUCAUGGCAAGGUCGUCCUGGGCGCCCUCGACAAGGCCGUCCAGAACAUGGACGACAUCAAGAACAUCUACGCGAAGCUGAGUGAGCGGCAUUCCGAGGAGUUCAACGUCGACCCCGACAACUUCAGGCUGCUGGCCGACUGCCUCACCAUCAUCAUGGCCACCAAGUUUGCUGAUGACUUCAAUCCAGAAGUGCAGGCGAUCUGGCAGAAGUUCCUGGCUGUCGUUGUGUCCGCCCUUAGCAGACAGUACUAUUAGAGCAGCACUCCAUGAAGACCACUGCGAUCAACUGAGCCACCCGAAUCAACCCAGCUACAUUUGCUUGUGAUUCCACAGUCUUGAAUG